CGUUCUGCUUCCUUUUCUAGCUCUUCUUCAAUUUCUGCUCGCCGCUUCGCCAUGGCUCCUACAGAUGGACAGUGGAACAUUUUGAGAUAUAGUAUUCCCGAGAAUCAACUACAGUACACCAGUAACAUGCUAAGCAUUAAAGCAAGUACCUCCAGCCAUGUGUGUUGCUGUCUGCGAAGACCAAACACAUCUCCCCACUCCUGACAAAGAGGUCUUUUUACAUGUGGCUCAAUUUCGUCUUCAACAGAGUUGAUUACAGUCGCAUUGAAGAGUUUGGCCCAGAUAGGGUUGCAGCAGAGUGGAUUCUACGAUGUGGAGGAGGAGUCAAGUUUCAUUCUCAUGACAGCUGGAUGAGAAACUACAAUGCACUUGCUCCAGGGCCUGGGCACAAAUACAAGCUUCAGGGGAUUGAUGCCCAGGAUACCUGUGUUACCACGGGGGGUCUGCUUCAUCUAGAAGGUCUUCAUCACCUAGAGUAUUUGAGUCUUCACAACUGUAAAUACAUAACCGACCUGAAUCACUUGCAGCAUGUGAAGAACUCUCUCAGAGAGCUAGAUAUUGGCAACUGUCAUGGAAUCUCAGACAUCCAACCACUUGAACAAAUGACAAAGCUGCAGAAGCUAAACUUGUCAGGCGCAAGUCGCAUCAAGGACAAAGACAAGUCUAUAAGUGAUCUCCAGAAAAAACUACCAGAAUGUGAAGUCAAGAUGUAGCGUGAUGAUCAUUUGGUGAUUUAAAAAACGGAUGAUUGGAGUAACUAUGUGCUUGUAGCCUUAGGGGGAGGAUACAAAUGACAGGCUGCCUAUUUGAAGUAUUUUUUCGAAAGGGUGAUGAUUAUUGCCAAAAUCAGGAUAACAAAAAUAACCUAGAGACAAAUAGCGGUCACAGACAGAUAGAUAGCAUAUAUUUCACGAAAUGUGGUAUAGACCCAUUUGACUCGGUUCUUAUCCAAAAUCAGCAUAACAAAAAUAACCUAGAGACAAAUAGCGGUCACAGACAGAUAGAUAGCAUAUAUUUCAUGAAAUGUGGUAUAGACCCAUUUGACUCGGUUCUCAUUUUUUUUUUCGGCUUACCAGCCUGAACAGGGGCGGAUACUGGAGUUCAAGAAAGAGGGUGCCUAAACAAGGGUUUCGAGAGAGGGGGAGGGAAUUCAUUGUUCUUUCAGAUUCCUUGUAUUUCUUGUUCUUUUUAAGCAAAGUAUCCGAUUAGGGGGGCCUGGGUCUGCUCGGCCAACCCUAGAUCCGCCCCUGCUGAAGCCUUCCUAUUAAACCAGGAACUCUGUAUAAUUGAUAAGGACGAUAAUUAGGAUACCAGCCUGUCUGCGUGGCUGAGUUUUUCUAUCAAAGCUUUUGCUCUACUUUGGUCAUAGAUGAUGGACACCUUAGAGAGGCUAAACACACUAAUGUUAAAACAAUUGCUGUACUUGGAUAUAUUUCUUACCCUCGUACAAUCACGGUAUUUACGUCAUAUUGGGAAAGAGCCUUUAGGACACUAGUCUGCGUGGACGAGGCGUGCCGACACUAAGAGCAGCUAUCAAAAUAACACCUAAAAACUAAGGCAACAUGCUGGAAUACAACCCUCACAUUGCACGACAUCAGACUAAGACUUUAUUUGAAUUGAUUGACAUCAUAAGAUAUAUAAACAAAAAUGUUACAGGCUGAAUGAUUUUCGGCCGAAAAAACACUUUCUACCAAAUGUUAGUUUAUUCUGGAAGUAGAGUUUGGAAGAAAUGGCGUCUGCUGAUAUAACAUAGAGAUUUGGUGAGAGUUUUUGUUGGGUCACUAGUGCAUUUCAGAGGCAAAGGCGCCAGACUCUUGAACGCCAGGCGGUAAUUGUUCAGUCUAGUUAGUUAGCGAUGAAUGCAAAAGAGGCUCCGGUUUUGCGCCCCUUUAGCACUGAGUCUCCAUCAAGAGUGGUAGUCACGUGAUGAAUUGGUCACGAGGUCUCUCGAAUUUCAUUUCCAAGAACGUCUUGAGAAAUCAGAAAAGUCAAACAGACACAUUUGGUAAGACCUAUCAAAGGAAGAAAAUAACAUGAAUACAAUAAGAUCCAAAUACGUGCUUUUAAAAGUAUUAUAUUUUUCUUUGUUAGAAUUCCUAAACAGAUACAUUUCUUCGACUUUAAGAAGCCUAAGAAAUCAAUUGAUGUUAAAGAUGGUCACCAAAACAAUGUAGUGCUGGCAAAUGUUGUGCUGCGUUUUGUUUUAGCGUCCAGCGGCUGAGUUUAUUACAGAACUUUGAGCCAAAUGUAUUUCACGGGUAAAUAAGAACUACUUAUGUAAAAAAAUGUGGAAAUAAAUUGGGCGUUAUAUCGUUAUACCGCUUUGGAAA